AUGGCGAUGUUCAGUCAAAAUCCGCUGAUGAACGGUCCAAAUUACUCUUUCAACCAAGCUCCAGCAACAGCUUCAGAUGGCCACAAGCAACAUGGAUUCUACCCAUACACCGACAAUGGAGGCUCCACACUCGCGAUCUCUGGUGCCGACUUCACAAUAAUGGCGGGUGACACACGUUCAACAUCAGGAUACAGCAUCAACACCAGAUACAAGCCCAAAGUUUUCAAGAUUGGCGGAACCACUGCAUCUCAGAAUGAUGCCACUAUUGUGCUGUCAGUAGUGGGAUUCGCAGCCGAUGGGGAAGCACUGAAGGAGCGUCUGGAUGCGGUGGUCAAGAUGUACCGAUACCAACACGGCAAGCCCAUGAGCGUUAAGGCAUGUGCGCAGCGAUUAUCUACGAUACUUUACGGAAAGCGUUUCUUCCCAUACUACGUUACUGCUAUCCUCGGGGGCUUGGAUGAGGAAGGGAAGGGGGUUGUGUAUUCGUAUGAUCCCGUGGGCAGCUACGAGCGAGAGAUGUGCAGGGCAGCGGGCGCAGCAGCAAGUCUGAUCAUGCCGUUCCUUGACAACCAAGUCAAUUUCAAGAACCAAUACGAGCCAGAGAGUGGAGCCGGCCAUGAGUUACAAGAACGAGAGAAGAUUCCGUUACCAAGGGGAGAGGUGGAGGAUUUGGUCAAGGAUGCUUUUGAUAGUGCGGUUGAGAGACAUAUUGAGGUUGGAGAUGGACUUCAGAUGAUGAUCGUCACGAAGGAUGGAAUUGAGGAGAGAUAUCUACCCCUCAAGAAGGAUUAG